AUGUUCCCCCCUCAGGUCAAGGCAGUCAGCUUCCCGCAUCCCCAGACAGUUCUGUCCGCCUCGCGAGAUGGCAGUGUUCGAGUUUGGCGUCAAACCUCUGGCCCUCCCCCGACCUUUGAAGCUUCCGUCUUAAGUCAAACCUCGGAAUUCGUCAACUCCGUGACAUAUCUCCCGCCUUCCGAACCAUACCCGGAUGGUCUAGUCGCCUCUGGCGGCAAAGACACCAUCGUCGAAGUCAAGCAGCCCCAGGCUGCCCCGAGCGAUAAUGCCGAGCGUCUGUUGAUCGGCCACUCCCAGAACGUCUGCAGCCUCGACGUCUCGCCCAAGGGCAGCUAUAUCGUGUCUGGCGGGUGGGAUGCUCAGGCCAUUGUCUGGAACAUCAAGACGUGGGAGCCCGAAAUCCGCCUCAGCGGUCAUGACAAGAGCGUCUGGGCAGUGCUUGCGUUGGACGACGAGACGGUUCUUACGGGUUGUGCCGACACAAAUAUUCGCAUCUACAAGCUAGCCUCUGCCGUCGCCGGUGACGCGGAGCCCCAGUCCACCAUCUAUACCCCCGAGGUUGUCCGCGCUCUCGCCAAGGUUCCCAAGGGCCACCCAAGUGGAGCUGAUAUCGCCAGCGCCAGCAACGACGGCAUCAUCCGCCUAUGGAAGUUGAACGGACAGCAAGUUGGCGAGCUGAUCGGCCACGAGAACUUCAUCUACUCUCUGACAAGCUUGCCGUCGGGCGAGUUGGUCAGCUCCGGAGAAGACCGCACGGUGCGGAUAUGGAAGGGGAAUGAGUGUGUCCAGACCAUCACACACCCCGCCAUCUCGGUGUGGUCAGUAGCGGCGAACCAGGAGACGGGGGACAUUGUGACGGGUGCCAGUGACGGCGUUGCGCGCGUCUUUACACGCAGCUCCGAGCGAGCGGCGAGCGGCGAGGCCAUUUCCGCCUUCGAGGAGUCAGUCAAGGCCUCAGCCAUCCCACAGCAGCAAUUACCCGACAUCAACAAGGAGAAGCUGCCUGGUCCCGAAUUUCUCCAGUCUCGGUCGGGAACCAAGGAGGGCCAGGUGCAGAUGAUCAAUGAGGGCAACGGCCUCAUCACCGCCCACCAAUGGUCGCAGAGUCAGCAGCAGUGGAUCAACAUUGGCACUGUUGUCGACUCAGCCGGCAGCAGUGGGAAGAAGACGGAGUAUCAAGGCAAGUCCUACGACUUUGUCUUCGACGUUGAUAUCGAAGACGGCAAGCCACCUCUGAAGCUGCCGUACAACCUGUCGCAGAACCCCUACGACGCCGCGACCAAGUUCCUAAACGACAAUGAGCUGCCCCUGAGUUACCUGGAUAACGUGGCAGGCUUCAUCACCCAGAAUACCCAAGGAGCUACUCUUGGGCAGCCUGCAUCAUCAGGACCUGACCCUUACGGCUCGGAGUCGAGAUACCGCCCCUGUGAAGCCGAGCCCGCAGCCCGGAAGCUGUUGCCUCACACCGAGUACCUAUUCAUCACGGCGGGCAAGUACGAUGCGAUGGUCAACAAGAUCCUCGCCGUCAACGCGAACAUGAUCUCCUCGGGUCGCAAAGAUGCCGCUUUAAACCCCGCUGAGCAAAGCACCCUCAAGGCUGUCAAGCAGGCCAUCGAAUCUUCCAAGCCUGUCAGCCAAGAGGGCAUUGACCUGGCAGUCAAGAUUGUCUCGCACUGGCCUUACUCGGACCGUCUCGCCGGUCUAGAUCUCCUGCGAUGCGUCGCCCAGGCACCGCUCGCCGCCGACGUUGCGGCCCCCGGUGCGUCAUUCCUCAAGAUUGCGGCCAUCAGCGCUUUGGGAGAGACGGACGGCGCCGCACCGAACGAGAACUCCGCCAUGAUGGCACUGCGCACAUUUGCCAACAUCUUCGGCUCGUCCAAGGGUCGAGCGCUGGCGGCCAAGGAGGCCGACCUCGUGGCGACGACCAUCGAGCGGGUACUCGGCAUCUCUGGCGGCGCACCGAUCGGACAGUUCAACCGCAACGUGCUCAUUGCCGUAGCCACCACUCUCAUCAACUACGCCGUGCUCGCCUCCCAGGAGAAGACGGCACCAGAGUCGAAGCGUUUCAUCGCGGCCCUCGGCAAGAUCCUCUCCGCGCAGACCGACCCCGAGGUUCUCUACCGGGCGCUUUUCGCGUUGGGGACGUACGCCUCCAGCAACCGGGCUGAGGUGAAGUCGCAAGGAGGCGAGGGCUGGAUCAAGACUGCAAUCGACAAGGUGUCGGAGGCGCGGGUGAAGCACGUGGGCCAAGAGGCUCUCGAGCAACUGGGGUGA